CCCUCGGGCCAGGGGGCGGGAUCUAGGCGGUACAACAUGGCGGCGCUCGCUGUACCGCUUCAGUGACUCGUAGCCACGCCUCUGUGUCUGUAGCUGAGCUGGGGUGGGCGCGGGCACCUCCGCGGGGCAGCAGCCGGAGAGGGAGCCAUGGGGACAGUGCACGCCCGGAGUCUGGAGCCUCUCCCAUCCAGUGGCCCUGACUUUGGAGGACUAGGGGAAGAAGCCGAGUUUGUGGAAGUUGAACCUGAAGCGAAACAGGAAAUUCUGGAAAACAAAGAUGUAGUGGUUCAGCAUGUUCAUUUUGAUGGACUUGGACGGACUAAGGAUGACAUCAUCGUCUGUGAAAUUGAAGAUGUUUUUAAGGCUAGAAACCUCAUUGAGGUAAUGCGCAGAUCUCAUGAAGCCCGAGAAAAACUGCUUCGCCUAGGGAUUUUUAGGCAAGUGGAUGUUUUGAUCGACACAUGUCAUGGUGAAGAUGCACUGCCAAAUGGGUUAGAUGUCACCUUUGAAGUGACGGAGCUAAGGAGGCUGACAGGCAGCUACAACACCAUGGUUGGGAACAACGAAGGCAGUAUGGUACUCGGCCUUAAACUCCCCAACCUUCUAGGACGUGCAGAAAAAGUGACUUUUCAGUUUUCUUACGGAACCAAAGAAACUUCCUACGGCCUGUCCUUCUUCAAGCCACAGCCUGGAAACUUCGAGAGAAAUUUCUCUGUAAACUUAUAUAAAGUUACUGGGCAAUUCCCCUGGAGUUCACUUCGGGAGACCGACAGAGGAGUGUCUGCCGAGUACAGUUUUCCCAUAUGGAAGACCAGUCACACCCUCAAGUGGGAGGGAGUGUGGCGGGAGCUGGGCUGCCUCUCAAGGACGGCAUCGUUUGCUGUGCGGAAGGAAAGUGGCCACUCAUUGAAGUCGUCUCUCUCGCACGCCAUGGUCAUUGACUCUCGGAACUCAUCUAUCUUGCCAAGAAGAGGGGCCCUGCUUAAAGUCAACCAGGAGCUGGCAGGCUACACUGGAGGGGAUGUGAGCUUCAUCAAGGAAGACUUUGAGCUUCAGCUGAAUAAGCCGCUUGCGUUGGAUUCGGUUUUUUCCACAUCUCUCUGGGGUGGAAUGUUGGUGCCCAUUGGUGACAAGCCAUCCAGCAUUGCUGACAGGUUUUACCUGGGAGGCCCCACGAGCGUCCGAGGAUUUAGCAUGCACAGCAUCGGACCCCAGAGUGAAGGAGACUACCUGGGCGGGGAGGCAUACUGGGCCGGGGGCCUGCACCUCUACACUCCGCUGCCCUUCCGGCCUGGCCAGGGUGGCUUUGGAGAGCUUUUCAGAACACACUUUUUCCUCAAUGCGGGCAACCUGUGCAACCUCAACUAUGGUGAGGGGCCCAGAGCCCACAUCCGGAAGCUGGCUGAAUGUAUCCGCUGGUCCUAUGGUGCAGGCAUCGUCCUCCGGCUUGGCAACAUCGCUCGGUUGGAGCUGAACUACUGCAUUCCUAUGGGCGUGCAGCGGGGCGACAGGAUUUGUGAUGGUGUCCAGUUUGGAGCUGGCAUUCGGUUCCUGUAACUUGAGUACCCAGGGGCAGCUUGGAUGAGCAGUGGGAGUCUCCCAGGCCACGUGCCUAUUAGGCCAUGACACAGUUGAGUGCUUCUGGCCCGUAAUCCUUAUGGGAAGUCACGUCAAUAAAUUUUAAACACUCAGCUGUGUCCUGGAUGUGGUCUGUUUUUCAGGCCAUGCGUCUUUCUGGACACCUGCUUUUCCUGAGGACCUGACAGUCUAGCCUUAGGGUCCUGGGCCUAAGGGCUUUCAGGUGACCUCCUCCAAGUGCCUUUUCCUCAUAGACUCCUAGAGCCCUCUGUUGAGAAAUAGUGUUGAGCUGUGGGGUGGCCCCAGAGGACACUGGCCCUGCUAUUACAGGAGGCCACCUCAGAGCAGCAUGGCCUCCCAGUGCUGGUGUGAUGCUAGGAUACCAAGGCAGAAGGGAAAUACACUGUCUGCUGAUGACCAUGGCUGCUCCUGCUUGUCAUGCUUGUGACUCAGGCUGCACUGCCAUCCCCUAGCAGGAAGCUGAGAUGUCCAGAGGGUCUGUGGGACCAAGAGCCGCUGGGCAAGACUGACUUCUAAAGAUGCCUGUGCUCCCUCUUCAAAGCCAGCAGGCCUGACGUGUGCCUCUGCUCUCUUGUAAGGACUCUUAAUGGCAUUGGGCCCCCAAGGCCAGCUGAUGAGCACACUCAGUCUGCACUGGCUUCACUUUGUUGUCGUUCCCUAGUCUUCAAAGGGGGGUUUAGUUGGAAGCCACCCCUUUCCUCUGCUUGGACAGUCAGGGCUGUCAUAUAAAAUGUUACAGGAGUUGUUGGGGGUGGGAGACAGGGUCUCUCUGUAGCCCAGGCUGGCCUUGAACUUCAGGGGUCCCCAGCCCCUCCAGUGCUGGGAUCAUCUGUGUGCACACCACCUCCAGGUGAUGCCACAGCGUAUACACACCAACUGCACACAGCUGACCCAGGCUGUGCAUUACCUAGAUAUUACAAGACAAAGGCUCCAGCACAUCUGUGAUCCCAGCACUCAGGAACCCAAGGCAAGAGGAUCACCAUGAGUUCAAGGCCAGCUUGCUCUACAUAAGGCCCUAUCUCAAAAAACAGACUAAAUAGUUGUACUGAUUUAGGGAUAAUGUUUAGACUCUGGACGUGUUUAGGAUAGACAGAGUUUUCGUGAGUUUUACUGUGUAGCCAAGGAUGACUUCUGGUCCUCCUGCCUCCCCCAAGUGAUGGCAUUACAGGUGUGUUCCACCACAAUGGAUUUAUCCAGCGCUGGGGGCUGAGGCCAGAGUUUUGUGCCUGCUGGGCAAGCACUCCAGAGUGAGGCACAUCCCUAGCAGCUACUGAGUGUUGUCACUGCCACUGGCUGAAAGCUGGGAGGCAGAGCCCAAGGGUAUGUUGGCCAGCUAUGUGCUGAGUUCAAGGUUGGGACAUAAGUAUCUGUCUACUCUGGUUAAGGUCUCUGUAAGUGGUAUUUGGGGGACACUUUUCUGUUUAUUUAUACAAUUUAUUUAAUGUGUAUGGGUAUUUUUGCCUUCAUGUAUAUCUGUGUA